CGCCGCAAGAUCUCGAUCCAAUUCAUCGAGGACAAACCGAGGCGUCACGUCACGUUCACCAAGCGCAAGAGCGGCCUCAUGAAAAAGGCGUACGAGCUGUCGACCUUGACCGGCACCGACUGCCUCGUCCUCGUCGUGUCCGAGUCGGGCCUCGUCUACACCUUCUCGACCCCGGCCCUCAGCGGCGUGACCGACCACCCGCGCGGCAAGGAGGUCAUCCAGGCCUCGCUC